AUGAGGACGGCUUGCGUGGUUUUGCUGCUGAUUUUCCUCGAACCGACAACUCCUGCAGCUUUCUUGGAUGAGACCGUGUUCCAGAGCCGUGAGGUCACAAGCACGUCCAUGCAGCUUACCUGGUUGAAGGCUGCAACUGGUGUCUCAAAUCACUCGCUCAAAUUGGCCGGCUACUUCCUAACAGGAAAGUCUGAGCCUCAUUCGUUUCAAAACACUGUAUCUGGACGCCUGCACUCAUAUCACGCCCAGUGGUUGAAGCCAUGGACCGAUUACACCGUAAUUCUGAGGCCAUUUUUCACAGAGAGUGGCAAGCCUCAUGUUUCGUACAAGAUUGGCAGGGCAGCUUCGGUGAACGUCCGGACAGAAGCUGCUGCACCGGUAGAGCCCGGCUUGGUGUCCGUGCUAUCGGCCCAGCAGCGGCGCAUUGUGCUCAACAUCAUAGGCCCACCGACCUGGAACAGCGACCCGGUCGGGUUCAACGUGGCAUGGCAGUCGGUGAAUGAUCGCCGCGAACCACUCGGAGAGCUGAAAGUGCCGCUGCCGCCCAACUGGUCAUCUGUGGAGAACACGCUAAACGCCACGAUACCGCUGCCAGGUGGUCACGACUACCGUCUUUCCGUGAGUGCCCUAGGGUCGAAUGGUGCCGACAACAAUAUCUGGGGCCCCGCAGUAGACGUCAACGUAAGCCUGCCACUCGACUAUUACGAGAUUUCAGCGCACGUCAUUGGCCCAUCCAAGGCAGUCAUCUCGUGGCGAGCCUCCGAGAUAGUUGAAGUCUUCAAGGUGACUGUGUACAUUGAUUAUGGCGAAGGAAACCUUGAUUUCUACUCUAUGCGGGAAUUUGAAGGUACCGACACGACGUCCUCGAGGCCUACUGUUCUUUUUACCGAUCUGGAGCCUUGGAUGUACUACAUGGCAAGCCUCGAAGGUUGCCUUGGAAAAAACUGUAGCGCUGCAGUGAACACUACAUUCAGAACACCACCAAAACUCCUACCAAAGCCCGUUCUAGUCAGAGCUGUGUCUACAAGCAACAGCUCGUUCGAGCUCGCCUGGUCCUUCCAGAAAGACGAUGUCCGCCUCUACAACGGCUUCCGUGUGCGCUACUGUCACACGAGCGCUGCCUCGUGUCUCCAGGUUUACACCGAGAAGCAAGAACUGACUGUGCGCGGGCUCGAUUCGGGCGCGACUUACAUUGUUGACGUGCGCGCACAGUUCACCAUCACUGGCGGACGGCUGAUGAUCGGGUCGCCUGCUUUGGCGUCCGUGACUACGUGGAAAGACCUCCCCGACAUAAAGGUCACCGAUGAAGCAACAAUUCCAGACCACGUUGGAACCUAUUUGCUACGCUGGGAGUGCGUCAACAGCGACGUCGAUUACUUCCAGUACAAAACAGCGGAGGAAACAGCCUGGAUCCGGUGCACUAAUUCGGCUGACUGCGCUGUCACGGUUGAUAAGGGAGGGAGCACCGUGUUCUCAAGUGGAUACCUGCGGCUGACUAACCAAGUGACGAACUUCGACUUCAAUCUUUGGGUCCGCGGCUGUAAUGACCAUGGAUGCGGAGAAGAACGCUCGCUGUCAGUGGACUCGUACGUUCCAGGUCCACCUCCACUCAGUGAUGUCACUAUGACGAGAAGUCAACAUGAUGCAACACUGCGAUGGAGCGUGCCGCAUCCAAGUGCAUUCAAUGGCGUCGAAGUUACAUGGAACUGUAAUGGCAACACGAGUAUCGUCCAUUUCGCCAAAAUAAAUCAAAUUCUCUGGAACCCUUUUUUCUCCGGGGAGGCAUUGCUACCAGGUAUCCCUGAAGACGGAGAAUAUUGCAAGGCAACUGUCUCAAUGUACGAAGACCGAGACGGAGAUAUCUAUUACGGUCCAGUGAUGCCAGCCAUUCUCCAGUAGCGUAGCGACGGCGAUGCUACAGCGGUGGUAUUUCUCCACACUGGACGGUGUAGGUACCUUCAUCUCUGCGGUGAACAAUGGAAAUAAA